GGGUCGGCGGAGCAACACACAAGUCACUGGCGUGCUCACCCAUCAACACGUGCGCACCAGCAACUAGUUCUGAUCUUAAGGUCUUCAACCUGAGUAAUACCUGGUUGUUUCUUGGGAUCAUUGUGUCAGGUGAAGUUCAGAAAACCACAAUACUGUUAACAAGAUGGUCAGCGGAGGUCGAGAAUGUAUCAGCAUGCACGUGGGUCAGGCUGGGGUGCAGAUGGGCAACGCGUGCUGGGAGCUGUAUUGCCUGGAACACGGCAUCCAAGCUGAUGGCGGCAUGAUAAUGGAUGAGACAGAGCCAAAUCAACCCUACAUAGCGGACGACUCGUUUAAUACCUUCUUCAACGAGACCAGAAUGGGAAAGCACGUGCCCAGGGCGGUGUUCAUUGACCUCGAGCCUACAGUGGUGGAUGAGAUCAGGACGGGUACCUACCGGUCACUCUUCGCCCCCGACACCCUCCGCACUGGCAAGGAGGAUGCUGCCAACAACUACGCCCGUGGCCACUACACCGUUGGUAGGGAACAGAUGGAUGUUAUUCGGGAAUGUGUUAGAAAACAAACGGAGCAGUGUUCAGGGCUUCAGGGCUUCCUUGUCUUCCACUCCUUUGGUGGAGGCACCGGAUCAGGUUUCGGCUCUCUUCUGAUGGAGCACCUGUCCAUUGACUAUGGUAAAAAGUCCAAGCUCUGCUUCUCCAUAUAUCCUGCCCCACAGGUCUCAACAGCUGUGGUUGAACCAUACAACUCCAUCCUCUUCACACACACAACACUGGAACAUGCGGACGUGACAUUUAUGGUGGAUAAUGAAGCCAUCUAUGACCUCUGUAAGAAGAGGCUCGACAUCUCCCGACCCACAUACACUAACCUCAACCGUAUGAUCGGGCAGGUGGUCUCCAGCAUCACAGCCUCACUCAGGUUCGAUGGAGCAUUGAAUGUUGACCUGACAGAGUUUCAGACCAAUCUUGUGCCUUACCCCAGGAUACACUUCCCACUGGCUACAUAUGCACCAGUAGUGUCAACUGAAAAUGCCUUCCAUGAGGAUUUUAGUGUGCGUGAUAUAACUGCUAACUGCUUUGAUACAACCUACCAGAUGGUCAAGUGUGAUCCCAGGAAUGGUAAAUAUAUGGCAUGUUGUCUCCUCUUCCGUGGGGAUGUUGUUCCUAAGGAUGUCAGCGCUGCCAUUGCCGAGACACGCACCAAGAAAAAUAUUACUUUUGUCGAUUGGUGUCCAACAGGCUUCAAGGUGGGCAUCAACUACCAGCCACCAACUGUGGUACCUGGUACUGACUUGGCUAAAGUAGAGAGAGCUGUUUGUGCUCUCUCAAACACAACUGCAAUUAAGGACGCCUGGGAGCGCCUCGACCGCAAGUUUGAUUUGAUGUUCUCCAAAAGAGCCUUUGUACACUGGUACGUUGGAGAAGGCAUGGAAGAAGGAGAGUUUGCAGAAGCACGGGAGGAUCUAGCGGCCCUGGAAUUGGACUACCAUGAGGUCGAGCAGUCUCCACCAGAAGACGAAGAAUAUGAUGACAACUAUUAAGUCUUCACUUCCAGCACGUGUGACAAACAACACACAGUCACUGGAUUGCCCUCUUCCUUCACACAAACUGAAAAUAAAGUCAUCAGCAUUCAGUGCACCUGAUUGUAUAUAAAAUUCCAUUGCCAUUUUCUUCAGCUAUCUAUUUUUCUAGCAUAAAAGGCUUACUUUUUCCUGUGAAAUUUGUUGCUACUUGUUUAUUUAAAAUACUUGGACAAUAGAUAUGAUUUAUUGAUGGAUGGUAACAUAUCAUGAAAAAUUUUAAUUCUUAUAUUGAACUAUGAUCAUAGUUAUCAAUAAAGGUAAGUUUUAACAUUUAUUAUCAUCACUUCACUGAAAAUAUUUCAACUCACAACUAUGGGACUUUUUUUUUUAUAUAUGAUAUAGAUUUCUUAAAUAAUUGUAAUUGAAAUAUUUAUUGUAAGUAGAUUAUUCCUCAUACUCACAAUGUCACAUAUAUUACAGUACACUGUACAUUAUGAUUACUGGGAAGAUUAAUAUUAAAUAAAUUAGCACCUGUAUUCACUUUUCCUGACUGACUGACUUCUUGUUGUAAUGGUUAACAGAAAAUUUUUCCAUUCUCUGUUACCAUCAACAAGAAAUUUGAUGCUUCAUACUACUACUGUGCUGUAUUCAGUUACAGCUCUACUGUACUAGUGAUAUAAAUACAUGACCUAUUAAGGCACCUGAUGUUCAGAGCCAAACUAAAAAAGUGUGAUAUUACAGGAUAUUAGGCGAGAUUGGAUAAAGUAUUUAACACAGAAUGAUUGAAACUUUACAAUAUCUGUGUCUUUACUUUAUCCUCUUCACCAUUGGUUGGCAUUCUAGCCAGCCAGGUUGUCAGUCAUGCCUCUUUCACACACUGUUGGCAAAUACAGUACUGUACCAGGUCCAAAAUAUACCUGAACUGCUGUGGGAGAAUAAAGAGGACAUCUUCCUCUUGUAUUUGGCUCCUUUUAAUUUUGGCCACAAUCACUAUUUUGUGAUUUUCCAUUAGUGAAGACAUGUUGAAACAGCCUUUCAUCUCCUUAUUUUCUGGUUUCAUUGAAGAAAGUGGUACUGUACCGAUUUCAUUUUGUGGCAGCCUAACCAAUAUGUAAUAGUCUUCAGCAAAUGUUUAAAGUGUUGCUCCAGAAUACUUGUCAGUUAAAACCAUGGUGAUAGUCAGUAGCUGCUUUAUGCUAUAUCAGAGUAUUUUAAACAGGGUUACUGUUACUUCUUAAGGUGAAGUACAGUACAGUAUUGAGCAUCAGUCAUACAUGGGGAACUUGGAGGUACAGGUCUCAGACAAAUGAUAGUGAGCCAAGAUACACAUUAGUAAAUUCUCAUGUGUUUAGCAGUGUGUUGGGAAUUUUUAGUGAGGGACACUGAAGUCAUGAGUCUGAACAUCUCCCUAAAUGUUGAAUCAACCAACCCAAUUGUGCAAAAUGUGUGUGAUCAAAUGAUAAUUAUUAUUUUAAUAUGAAAGGGUCACAAACAUCAUUUUCACAUUUGACUUGAUGAAUCUAACUACAAAGUGUCACAACUGCAACUUGCUGGGUCACAGGUGAGACAGGUCAUGUAAGGUCAGUGUGGGACAACAAGUGUUGAUAAUUGGGAUACUGUACUGGGUCAGGCAGGUAAUUUGAGGUUAUGGACAAUAUUAGCAUGUUUCCUGUGGUGAACAAGUUGUGUGAGGUCAGUACAUGCCCAGUAUUUGCCAACAGUGUGUAAUAGAGACGAGACCGACCACUCAAAUGGCCAAUUAGUGGCAAAGAGGAUAAAGUAAAGUACUGUACAGGUUAAAGAUCAAGGAGGGGUAAAUAAUCAUGCCUUUGUCACUGGCUUUCUGGGUACAUUUCUUUCCAGGAUAUUUUUCAGAAACAACAUGUUACUAAAAAUAUUAAUAAUAAUAAUAAUGUAAAGAUAAUUUUUAUUCAGUUUACAGUUGUCGGCGUGCAGUUCAACAUGUGUAUACAAUGCAGGUAAACAGUGUACAUAGACCUUGGAGGUAAAAUAUAUGUACCACUUCCAAUGUACCUAGAUGGUGCAAGUACUGUAUAUAACAAUAGUAAACAGCAAGGCAAUUUGAUGAAGGCUAGCUGACAAAGCCCUUAGAUGUUUAUUUCUAUGGUGCUUUUUUCUCUGAUGUAGGGAUUCUUGACCACUUCAUUUCCAAUCAUUAGCUAAAUUUGUCUUGCGUCAGCCCCCCCCAAUCCCUCCCCCUCCAGCACAGUAGAAGUUGUUCACAUAAAAUAUGUAGGAUAAUUCAUAAUUGUGGACAAAUAGCAAAGAAUGAUGUAAGUUUGUUGAGGGUCUCAGAGGCUUAACCUGAUGUUAACUUUAACCAAAUCAAAGCAUUGCCAUCACUCAUAAUAUUGUGAAUUUUAUUACAGAUCAUAUGUUUCAGAUUGUUUUCUACCAUAUAAAACGCACAGACAAUACUAGUAGACCAGCCUCAGUUCCUAGUAUAAGGUAGGGUACGUUUCUUUGUAUAACUUUUUUAGUUUUUGAUGAAUUAUAGAGCUUGUCAUUCAUUAUGUAAAUCCAAUUGUUUUAUGUUAUUAUAGAAGUAUAUAUACUGGUGACUUUAAUGACACUCCCCUUCACACUGUCUGUGAUACAAUCUGUCCAUGAAUUGAGGUGUUGCCCAAAGUAAAAGCGUAAGUGCCAGUCUGAUGUUUCGAGAUAUCUGUAAUUAAGGCUUACAUGUGCCUCGUGGAGAUAGGCAUUCUGCAGAUUGUAGUCACCUGGUUUCCAAAAAUCAUCAUGCACCAUUUAACCAUUUUGAUGUCUCUUUUUCGAUCUUCUCAAAACAUUGCCAUUAUUAGGUACAAGGGAGCCCCACACCAGCAGCUGCCACAUGCUGUGGUGUAAGCUAUAGGUUUACAGUAAGUACUUAUACCAACUGACAGAGAAUUUAAAAAAGAGAAUAGAAAAAAUCUUAUCUCAAAUUUGCACAUUUGGCACUUACACCCUUACUGUAGGUGAUGCCUCAGUUGUUUAAUAAAGUUGCAAAAAUAA